UACACGACGUCAUCAUAGUUGGGUCUCAUGUUUACGUGGAAAACAUGGCGGCGGACUACCAACAAGGAGACAGCACCUAGAUAAAUGCGUGUAGACUCCAAGACUAGAGAUAUUUAAGUGUUCAUUGUUUUAGAUUUUAGUCGUCCGUGUUUCGCAUGAAGCAGUCUCCCUCUUGUUUUAGCCACAGGGACCGCGGUGAUGGAAGACGAGGAGAGGCAAAAGAAGCUGGAGGCCGGCAAAGCAAAGUUGGCUGAGUACCGCCAGAGAAAAGCUCACGCGGACUCCCAAAAGAAACAGAAAAAGAAGAAGAAAAAGAAGUCACCGGAGGACUCUGAGGGGGACACGCAGGGAAGGGUGGAGGUCGAGUCGGAUCAGCCUGUUGAAGGAGAAGAGGGCUCAGGUGAAGGACGAGAUGGCUCACAAGAAGAAAAUAAAGACCCACCCACCACGGAGUUUACCUUCGCCAGGACACUGCGGAGUGGAGAGACUGUCAAACAUGACCAGACCUACACCAUAGAGCCGGAGAGUGAAGUGUCCACGACUGCUGAAGAUUGCUCCUCGGAGGUAAAUGGGUGCCAUGAUGAGAUGACAGAGUGCCUAAUGAUGUCCACGAAGGAUUUUAUCUGGGAGGAGGUGGAGCCCCUGCAACAGGUGACAAAGGGAGGUACCAUGCAGGACAUGGAGGAUGCAUUAGCCGCCAAGACCCAGGCAGUGGAGGAGCUGAGUCGGGAGCUCGGAGAAAUCAGGGCUGCCUUCGGCACGGAGGGAGUACAGCAGCUGCAGGACUUUGAGGCUGCUCUGAAGCAGCGAGAUGGCAUCAUCACCCAGCUCACAGCUAACCUUCAGCAGGCUCGCGAAGAGAAAGAUGAGAUCAUGAAAGAAUUCCUGGAGCUGACGGAGCAAAGCCAAAAACUACAUAUUCAGUUCCAGCAGCUGCAGGCGGGUGAGACGCUAAGAAACACCAGCCACAGCAGCACAGCAGCUGAUCUCCUUCAAGCCAGGCAGCAGCUCAUGCAGUACCAACAGCAGCUGGAGGAGAUGAACGUCGAGGUGAAGAAGCACCAGGAGAUGAGCAGUGAGCAGUUGGGGCACAUCAGCCAGCUUCAGCACAAGCUCAGUGACAUGGAGAUGUUGGGGAAAAGAUCAGAAGAAUCUUUCACACAAAGGAUAAAUGAAAAGGACCUGCUCAUUGCUGAACAAGAGAAAGUUAUUUUGAGUCGGGAGCUUUUGCUGACGGAGUUAAGAACAGCGGAGGAAUCUUUUGCACAAACACUGAAAGAGAAAGAUCUGUUCAUUUCAGAGAAAACUGCAAUAAUCACAGAACACGAGCUGUCGCUGACCCGGCUCAGAGAGGAACUUGUCCAUGUGGGAAGGACUACAGAUGAAAAUAUUAUGCACGAGUCAAAUGAGAAAGACUUGAUUAUAGCCGAGAAAGAGAGAAUUAUUUCAGAACGUGACUGCUCUCUCACGCAGCUCAAAGAUGAGCUGGAGUCCUCUGUGAAAAACCAGUGUGACCUCCAGGAGCAAAUAGCCGCAAAAGUAUCAGAGCUUGAAAAAUGCGUAGAUGAGUUAUUAAGCACUAAGUCUGACUUGGAAAGCUGUAAAAGCGAAGUAGAGAGUUGUAAAUUAGAAUUAGAGAAAGAGCGAACUGAGUUAGAAAGCUGUAAGGGUGAACUUGCAACAUCCAGACAGAAAGAGCGAAUGUCAUCUAAUGAAAUUAUGCAGCUCAUGGGCACGGUAGAGGACCUGCAGAAGCGUUAUCACCAGGGCAGCCUGUCUGAGAGUGACACCGUCCAAAAAAUGCAGGAAGAGACUACGAGGAAGCUUGACGUACUCAGGGCAGAGCUAGAUGAGAUGUAUGGUCAGCAAAUAGUUCAAAUGAAGCACGAACUUAAUUUGCAGCAUGCGGCGAGAGUGGAGCAAAUGACGGCGCAACAUCGCGCUGAGCUCGAGCUUCUACAAGAACAGCAACUGUCUCAAAGCUCCGCUGUCAGCACUGUCGAGGUGGACACUCUCAACGCUAACAUUAGGGAACUUCAAGAAACAUUAGAGCAAUCCCAAGCAAUGCACGAUCAAGCUCGGCAUGAGCUUAGCCAAGUCGCCCAAGAGAAGUUCAGCCUGCAGGCCAAGGUUGAAGAUCUUCUCCGAGAACUCUGUUCUGCUAAAGAGAAGGUGGAGCAGGUCUCCCACAGUCUUAUCUCUCAGGAAAGCCAACAAGGUGAACUGCAACGCCUCCAGGAGACCAUUGACAAUCUGAAGAGUGAGCUCGCUGCAGCCCAGGAAGUGGCAGAAGAGGUCGAAGCAAGACACGAUUCAGAGAUAACCAACUACAAGAUCAAGUUGGAGAUGCUGGAGCGGGAGAAAGACGCUGUGCUUGACCGCAUGGCAGAGUCACAGGAAGCAGAGCUGGAACGACUGAGGACUCAGCUUCUGUUCAGCCAUGAGGAAGAGCUCACCAGUCUGAGGGAAGAGUUGCAGAGGGAGAGCUUCCUGAACACAGAAAACCUUCUCAAUGAAGCCGCUGUCAAACACGAGAGAGCGCUGGAUGAGCUGCGGAUCGGUUAUGAGGAAAAACUGCAUUUGUUACAAGGAGAGAAGGCACGUUUUGUCACAGAGCGAGAUGAGCUUUUGCACCAAAUUCUUGGACUAGAAGAAGAUCUAAAGCUCGCCGUGCACAGCUCCAAAGCAGACGAGCUUGUCCAGCAGCUUCAAGAGCUUCAGGUUGAGCUCGAGGUGCUGAGGAAGGGAGGAGAAGAUCGAGCUCGAAUGGAAAAUGAAAUUCAGACAUUAUUGGAAAAAACAGAGGUGCUUGAAAAGCAGUCAAAAGAGAACGAACAAUGUUGGGAGAACAAAAGGAAAGAGCAGGAAUUGGAAGUGGAGAUGUUGAUAGAGUCUAAUAACACUUUGAAAGAAGAGCUGGACUCACAGACGAUGAAAACUGAGACACUCGCUGCUGAGAACAAUCAAAUGCAGCAACAAGUAGUUGAGCUCAGUGAGAAAAUUGAAACGCAGAGGACUACUUUCUCUUUUGCUGAAAAGAAUUUUGAGGUAAACUAUCAGGAGCUGAAGGAGGAGUACACAUGCCUUAUUGAGGCAAAGACAGAGUUAGAAGAGAGUACACUGAAGGAGACACUUGAGUUUGAGGCAAAAAUUGCCAGCCUUCAGUCGCAGAUUCGAGAGCUGCAGGAGAGCAGCAAAGAUAUCAAAAUGGAGGACAGAAAGACAGACGGGUCUGAAAAAACUGUGAUAGAAAAAGAUACUACUGAGCUAAUGGAGAAGCUUAAUGUUACUUUGAGUGAGAAGGAAAGCCUGGCUGGGAGGCUUUCCGAAGUUACAGAGCAACUGAUGUUCACAGAGAGCAAAGUGGGGCAGCUGGAAGAAGAGCUGAUGAAAAUUAGACAAGAAAAUGCGAAGGUCAUCGCCCGCAAUGAAAGCCUGGGGAAAGAACUAGAAGAGCAUCAAGAGAUUAUCAGAGAGCAGGCGAGGGGGCAGGGUGCCGAGAGAAAGCUCCAGCAUGAAGAGCAAGCUGUUGAACCAGUUUGUUCUUUUGAGGAUCAGCAACUUCAGAUUCAGUCUUUGCAAGAGGAGAUAACGGCUCUUCAGUCCCUCUUGCAGGCAGCCGAAUCAGAGAGAAACAGCAUCCGGGAGACUCUGGAACUCCAGAGGAUUUCACAGACUCCCUCCCCAGCACCGGCAGCCCAGACCUCUGAGGAGGGACCAGUUGAAGGACGAUCCUCCACAGCCUCAGGGUCAAGCAGGCGCAAGAGACGGAAUAGGUCGAAGCAGGAGCGCAAAGUGGGCACCGCUCUUUCAGACUGCAGAGAGGAACGACAAAGGGAGGAGGAAGAGGAGGAAGAGGAGGCAGCAGUGAAAGAAGAGAGAGCUACAAGUGCUGCAGAGCCGGAGAUGCAGCCUCAGAUGGAGAGCCAGGUUAUGUCAUGUUCACAAGAGAGGGCCGGUAAGGAGGACUCCACUGACGGGUACCAGGGAGACGGAGACAGGGACUACAUCAACAAACGGGUAAGCAGACAUGGAACAGGUCACCACACAGAGGCUGCCGUGUGUCCACGAGCAGAAGAAGAGGGAGAGACUACUGAACAUGGUGAGUGCCGGUUGCAGAUGGAGGCCCAGCGCAUCAGCCUGUCUCAGAUUCACGCUACCCAGAUCGAGCUGCUGCAGGAGGAGACGGACGCCCACAAACACUCGCUGGAACAGAAACUCCAGGAUAUGAAAGAUUGCGGUGACCAGGAUGAGCCGAAAAUCUUCAAAUACCACAACAUGUUACAGGCUAUGUCAGAAGAGUGCAAUGAGGUCAUUCAGCGUUUUCAAAAGAUGUGCGGUGAGGAGUUUUUAGAGAGUGUUGAUGCACAGGGCCAGCCAGCACCUUCAGUGGAUAGACCAGAAACUAGUGAAUCCAGCUCCAUUGUACUGGAGGCCAGAGAGCUCUGUAGAAAUCUUCAGCAGGUGAGGGAGAGGAUCGAGCAGGAACAUCUUCGCCUGUCACAGCUUCAGGCUCUGCUCAGAGCUGAUGGGAACAAGAUGAUGGAACUGCAGACAGCAUAUGAUGAACUGAAGAGCAACAGCGAGAAGGAGAUCUCUGACCUGCGUGUGCAAGUUGCCAGUUCGAGCUCCUCUACAAGCAAAGAUCUGGAGGAGCAGGCUGCUACGCCAUCUGCCUGCCUUACAGAGGAAUUGCAGAGGCUGAGGGCCGAGGAGCAGGAGAAGCACCUCCAGCUGGAGGAGAGUCACAGACAGGAGGUGGAGCGUCUCAGAGCUCACUACCAGCAGCAGUCCACAGAGACUGAGGAGCGAUACCUCACCGAGCUCUUUAUGCUGCAGCAACGACUGCAGGAGGUCACAGGCACUCAGACACACUUCAGUGUUACAGAGUCGAGCUCUGAGAGGACGGAGGAGCACAGCGAAGAACUACUGAAGGACCUGGGUGAGGAGGAAUUGUCAGAGGGAGAUGUGGAGUCGCGCGGGCCUGGCAGAUCUGCAGGCCUGACAGCACAGCUGCAGGCGCUGAGGAAAGCGCUCUACCACAAGUAUGUCCAAGAAGUAUCCGCUCUCAAAGAGCAACACAGCAGGGAGCUGAAGAGACUGAGAGAAGAGGGUGAACGGGAGUGGAGAAGAGAAGAGCGUCAGGAAGAGAGAGAAGAGAAGGAGCAGGAUCUCAACGGUAUUAACGGAGCUGGGAGCUCAGAGAGCCUCAGGGGAGCUGGGCAGGUCGCACUGGAAGAGAAACAAGACUGGGAAAGAGUGGAGGAAGAAGUUGCUAAGGCCAUAGUUCAGAUGUCCGUGGAGUUUGCGCAGCAGACUGAGCUGGCUCGAAUCAACAAGCGUGCCUGUCAGAGGUGCACCUCCAUGCAGACCCAGUCGGACGAAGAGGAGGUGGAGGACAGGGAGAAGGAGGAGCAGACUCCCAGAGCUUCUCUCACCUCAGGCGCCUGGCUGGAGGAAGUGGAGAAGGAGAGGCUGGAGCGGGACCUGGAGGAGAGGAAUGCAGAGAUCAGAAAGUUAAAAGAGGAGCUGCAGAAAUCUGGACCUCACCAGGCCUUGAGGAAGAGCGAAGAUGGUCAAGAAGAAGUUGAGGAAGAGGAAGAUCCAGGGGGGGCGGCAAUAAAACAGCCUGACGGAGGCAAAUUGUCAUCGCGGGAUGAUGGAGAGUCCUCCGAUAAGGACACUGAAAGAAACGUCUUGCGUAAGGCCAACGAGAAACUUAGCCAGGUACUGGUUGAAGUCCUGAAGACUACGGCAGCAGCGGAGGAAACGAUGGGCCUCCACAUGCAGAGCCUGUCCGCUUCUAGUGCAGCACAGCAGGCUACACUGCCUCACACCACCACACAGAGAGCUACCUGGCAGAGUGCUCACACAGAGCCCAUCAGACCUCACAUUGCAAGUCACUCUGCAGAGAGUUGCCCGCGCAGCGAGACUGGCACAGACGACCUGAGUUUGUGGUCAGGGGCAACAGAGGCUGAUGAGGGUCUGGAGGUGUCCCAGCAGAUGAUGGAAAGCCUGUUGCUAGGAGCGGGGACACAGCUAGAGAACGAGGAAUAUCUGAUGGGGAUCAGCCGCCGACUCCAAACAGCUCUGGAGAAGAUGCUGAUGGCCAUCAGUGACACCACCAGCCAGCUUGAACAUGCCCGGCUGACCCAGACUGAACUGAUGCGGGAGUCCUUCCGCCACAACCAGGAGAUGAACGAGCUGCUGCAGAAGCAGGAGGAGCUGCAGGAGAGGUUGUUGGAAGAGUCCCGGGCUCGUGAGCAGCUGGCUCUGGAACUCCACCGGGCUGAGGGUCUGAUUGAUGGCUACACGGAUGAACGUGCUGUGUUGGAGGAGCAGUUGCGUCAGAAGGAAGAGCUCCAGCUGAACCUUGAGCAAGAGUUGCAGGUGACAAGUAGCCGGCUGCACGAGUUGGAGCAGGAGAGGCUUCAGAUGCAGGAGGAGAGGGAGCUGAUGUCACGGCAACAAGACGCCAUGAGGGAACAGGCCGGGCCUCGCGAGCUUCGCCUAGUUGAAGCUGCAAUGGUUGCAGCACCUGAAGCAGACCUGCUGGAGGAGACGGAGAAGCUGAUGAAAGAGAAAGUGGAGGUGCAGCGCCAGGCUGAGAAAGAGAACACCGACCUCCUGAAACAGGUGAAGCUGCUGGAGGCGGAGCUGGAGGAACAGGUCAACAGGGUGAUCGAGCUGGAGCACGCUCAGAGGACGGAGAGCGGAGACCUCCAGCAGCAAGUCCAAGCUCUGGAGAAACAGCUGGAGAAGAACAGGAGGUUCCUUGAUGAACAAGCUGUUGACCGAGAACACGAGAGAGAUUUCUUCCAGCAGGAGAUCCAGAAACUGGAGCAACAGCUGAAGAACCCACAGAAGCUGCAGGCUGGCUCUGAGCAAAGAAACCAAGAGGUGGACCAGCUGACCUCCCAGCUGAAGGAGAAGGCGGAUUGGUGCAGUGAGCUGCUGCUCAGCUCGGAGCAGCUGCGUCGUGAGUUGGGAGAGCGCGACGAAGAGAUUGACAAGCUGGAGAGCCGCAUCCGCGAGCUGGAGCAGGCCCUGCUGGCCAGCGCUGAGUCCCUGGAGAAGGUUGAACAAAAGAAACAGCAUGCAUCCAUCACAGAGGCAAAACACUCCACACUGGAGUCUCAGUUACAGACGGAGAGAGAAGCUCUGGAGCGUAAAGAGAAAGAGAUCUGUAACCUGGAAGAGCAGCUUGAGCAGUUUAGAGAGGAGCUGGAGAACAAGAGCGAGGAGGUGCAGCAGCUUCACAUGCAGCUGGAGAUCCAGAGGAAGGAGAUCAGCAGCCAGCAAGAAUACCUAGAAACCAGGGAUGGCAUGCUGCAGGUGAUGGAGGAGAAGGACAGGGAAAUAGCACUUCUUAAUGAACAGAUCACUAAGCUCCAACACAUGGAAACAGCCUCUGAUAACAAGGAAAUUGAUGAGCGGGAUGAGCUGAUUAAAGACCUGGAGUCCCAGGUGGAGUGCCUGCGGAGCGAACAGGAACGCCUGAAGAGGAAUAAUGAGGAGGAGCUUGACCAACUGAAUGCAGUCAUAGACAAACUUCAGCAGGAACUGGUCAAUAUUGAGCAGAAGCCGGCUACAGAGGAAGACGAGGACACCAAGGCCGAGCCUGAGAGCUCCGUAUGGGGUCCAAGUGAAGAGGAAUACGAUGAAAUGAAGCAGAGAAUGGACCUGGCCACCAAAGAGCUUGAUACACUCAAAGCGGAGCACAGCAAGCUGUUGGAUACAUAUCUGCAUUUGAAGGAGAGCACAGAAGCUUUAGCUGAGACGGAAAAGGCGAAGAGUUCAGAGGUAGAACUCGAAGAGGCUCUCAGAGAGAAAACUGCAGGCCUUGUGGUCAUGCAGGCACAGAUACAAGCUUUAGAGCAGAGUGCAACAUCCAGAGUGGAAGAGUUGGACCUUCGUAUCCGGGAGCUUGAGGAUGUCGUCAAUGAAAAGGACUGCGAGUUAAGCCGCUGCCGCCUCCUCGUGGAGCAAACGCAAAGCAAUGCAGAGGGUCUACAACAGAAAGUCUCCAAUCUGGAGCAAAAUCUGAGGGACAAAAUGGCUGCAGUGCUCGUCAGCCAGGCCACGCUGGAGGCCUUCCAGCAACAGCAGGCACAAGAACCCAAAGAAAAGCAGGACGAGCAGAGGACAGGACAAGCUGAGCCACAGGUAGAACCACAUGUCUAUGACUUUGGCGACUUUGGCAUUCCCCAAAUGGACUUCAGUGGAAUGAGUCAAGCGAGACAAGUUCCCACAGGAAAGGUAGUCCAUCUGACCGAGAGGCUUCGGGAGCUGGAGGUGGGACUCAGUGGGAUGCAGAAAGACCAGGAGCUCCAGAAGCAGCUCCUCUCCAGCUCUGAGGAAGAAGUGCUGGAGUACGAGAGGAGGCUCUCCGUGCUCAUGGAUCUGCUCAGUCAGAUGAAGGCCAGGACACACCAGAGGACAUCGCCAGCUGUGGAGACCUCCUCUGCUGACCAGACGGCUGCAUCUGAGGUUCUUCAGGAGUUGCAGGAGGUCAGAGACGAGGCCACGGCCACCAAAGAGCAGCUGGACAGCUACAAGGAGAGCUGCAGCAGACUCCAGGAGGAACUCCAGGAAAAAACGGUUACAAUAGAGAGACUACAGGACCAGCUUCAAAAGGUGUCAUCUGAAGGCAGUGAGGAGACCAAGGUGUCUGAGCUUCAAGAGGAUCUAAUGGAGACUCAAAGGGAGGUGGCUGCUACCAAAGAGGAGCUGAACAACUGCAAGGAGAGCUUGGAGAAGCUCCAGGAGCUGCUGCAGGAGCGGGAAAUGACCAUUGCCCAACUUAAAGGAGAACUCUUCCAAGUACAAACAGAAGAAGACAGAGCCGACAUGGCAGAGCUUCUCCAGGAGGUCAGAAACAAUGCGGCUUCCACCAAAGAAGAACUCGACAGCUUCAGGCAGCAGAAUGAGAAACUUCAUGAGGACCUCCAAGUCCGUGAAGUUUCCAUUUCUAAACUCCAAGGGGAGCUCCAGGAGGUGAGACAGAAUGUGGAUACGACCAAAGAGGAACUCAGCAGCUACAUGCAACAUAAUGAGAAACUACAGGACGAGCUCCACAUCCGUGAGCUCUCCAUUUCUAAGCUCAAAGAGGAGCUCCAGGAGGUACGGACAGCCUUGAUGAAGACAGCGGAAUCUGGUCCUCCAUCGCCUUCUCCCUCCCCCUCGCCCUCACCCUCCCUGUCUCCUCAGCCUGUCUCAUCUGCUUCUUCCUCCUCCACCACCCAGCCUAAAAGGAAAGGAGGCAAACAGCCGGCAGGCAAGGGAAGCAGUGCCAAAGAUAAACCGUCUCUAUCCAGGAAAAACUCCUCCACUUCCAGCCAGCCGUCUCACAAAUCUCACAGUGCUCGGCAGAACAGCAGCUCUGAGCAGCAACACAUGGCCCUGACGCACUCAUUCACGCAAACCGACCCUCUCCAAAUGUCUGACCUCGGCCUGGAAUGCAAGUCUCCAACCAAAGACGAGAUGGAGGAGGUGAUCGGAGAGUUCCAGGACAAGAUCUUACAGAUGCAGGAGCUUCACGCUGCAGAGAUCCUGGACAUGGAAGCUCGACAUAUUUCAGAGAGCGAGAGCCUUCGUAGAGACACACAGGCUCUGGAGGACGAGUGCAAGGCCCUUAAGGCUGUCAUUGACAAGCUGCGCUCUACGGAGGCUCCUUCAUCAAAGCAGGACUGUCCUCCAUCACAGUUCAAAGAUGGCUAUACAAGUGACAGCAGCUCAGACUACAGCCAGCGGACUGGAUUUGACCUCCCGAGCUUACAGCAAGAAUUCAGGACAACUCCAGAGGGCGCCAGGAGAGAGACUGAUGAUCCACUGCCUGACCGGAUCAAGACGUUGCUGCGUGAGGUUCACCAGGAGGGCAUGCAGGUUCUGUCUCUGUCAGAGCUGCCUCUCUCUGAAGGCGAGCCGGGCAGCCAGUUCAACGUCCAGGGCUGGAUGAAGGAAAGAGACGCCUUACUGGCAACUGUGGAGUCUCUCAAAGGCCUCAUCACGCAGAUGCAGACACACAGAGGAACACAGACGUCAGGCAGUGUGGACUGGCGCGCGGAGCUGCUGGAUGCAGUGCGGCAGGUGUUUACGAGGGAGCGCAGCGUGCUGAAGAGCGCCCUCUACAGCCAGUUGGACCUGUUGGACACCAGCGAUGCUAUCAUCCAUCUCAAUCAGCUGGAGCGCAGACUGGCUGAACAGGACGCUCAGCACAGAGAGGCCAUGGGUUCACUGUGUACCGCAGACAGGUCCAGUCUCAUCUCUGAGAUUCAUCAACUCCGUGCUCAGCUAGAGCAACUUCAUCAAGGUACCCAGCCUACUGUGUCAAUGGGUGGUGAAUAUAGCCUGACGCAGCAGAGAGAAGGAGGAGGAGCUGAUGGAGCAGCGGAGGCCGAGAGGCUGCUGGUGGAGGAGCUGAAGGGUGAACUGUCCCAAACUAAACUGGAGCUGGAGACGACGCUCAAGGCUCAGCACAAACACUUCAAAGAGCUGGACACACUCAGAGCAGAGGUAUCGCAGAAGGCUGCUGAGGUUGAUACACUGAACGACCAGCUGACCGAGGAGAGGAAGAGGAGCAGAGAUCUUCAGUGGUCCGUGGAGAAGGAGAGGUGUCGAACGGGGAGAGACGAGGAGAGUAAACAAGAAGAACUGGAGGACCUGCAUCUCACUCUGGAGGAGCAAAAGAGCCGCUUGGCACAGCUGACCCUGACCCUGGAUCAGGAACGGCAGGCCUCCUCUCAGCUCUCCCAGCAGGCCGAACAGGAGCACCUGAGCCUCAGCAGACGCCUCCAGGAGCUCCAGGUCCAGCUGGAGACAGAGCGCGCCAAAGCCCAGGAGAUGAGCACCGCGCUGGGGAGGGAGAGGGAGCUGCGGACGGGUGUCUCCACAGACAGCGGUGCCUCCAAUGAGCAGCGAGCUGAGGAGGAUGGGAGGGUGUUUGAGGAGGAAGGGAAUCUGGUGGAACGACUGCAGAGGGAGCUGGAUGACAAACACGCCCAGGUGGUGCAUCUCCUCAGUCAGGUGGAGGCCCAGAAGCUCGAGGUGGUACGAAAAGAGGAGGAGCUGACUCUGGGGAGUCAGAGGUCAAGACGAGACCACGAGGCACUGCUGGAGGCCCGGGCCCAGCAGGAGAGGCUGGAGGCACAAAUGUCUGAGCUCCAAGAGCAGCUGGAGAGAGAGAUGGAGAGGAGGAAGAGUCUAGAGGAAGAGAAGGAGAGACUGGAGGAGAGGUUAAAGCAGUUUAGAGAGCAGAGAGGUGGAAGGGACGAGAGCGGACCUCUGCAGGCUGAUGGACACGCCCAGGCUGUCUGGCACGGCGAGUCCACCGACCGCACAAAAGACUGGGUGUUCCAGCAGAAGAGUGGAAACGUUCAGUCAGCGAGCUCCAGCAUGUCUCCCCACCUGGACGUCUCUCCAACAGGGCGCGCAAGCGGACAACACCACGGCCCCUGGCGCACAGUCGAUAAGGUCCUGGGCAAACUCCACCUUGUUUCCUCGAAGAUCCGCAGCAUGGCGAGCAAGACUACUGGCAGGCUGACGGCAGAAGUCGACAGUGAAGAGUUAUCCUGGGUGCAGACCAAUGUCGAUGAAGUCAUCACUAUGCUGCAGCAAUCCCCGGGUCUCCCCACUGUCCCCGAGAGUGUUUCCCUGCUGGCAGGAGGCUCCUCCAGCUCCUCCAACUCCCUGACCGAGCGGCUGCUGAGGCAGAACGCCGAGCUAACAGGUUUCGUCAGUCGCCUGACCGAAGAGAAGAACGAUCUGAGGAACCACACACUCCGCCUGGAGGAAGAGCUCCGACGCUAUCGGCAGGCUGGACUGGAAUCAGGUGACGGUUUCAGCGGCAGGAGAGGAGUGUCCAAGAUGGACUCCUCGAGUUUGCUGCUUUCCCAGGAGCGUGAGGCUUGGACAAGAGAGAAGGUCCGCCUGGAGAAGGCUUUACAUCAGGCCCAGGCCCAGGUGGCCCGACUCAGGUGUGAAAUCAGGACCGACACCCUGCGAGAGAUAACUGGACCUGAGGCUGACAAUGCUGCACUGAAGAGGAUGUACGGGAAAUACUUGAGGUCAGAAAGCUUCCGUAAAGCGCUGAUCUACCAGAAGAAGUAUCUGCUGUUACUGCUGGGUGGAUUCCAGGAGUGCGAGGAAGCCACGCUGUCACUCCUCUCCAGGAUGGGUGGCCGGCCUUCCCUCUCCAGCCUGGACUCUCUCAGCCAGCGGCGCCGGGGGCUGAUGCGUUUCCGCUCUGCCGUCCGAGUUUCUAUCGCUCUGUCCAGAAUGCGUUUUCUAGUCAAGCGAUGGCACAGGGCGACGGGGAUGAGCUCCACAACCUCCUGCAGCAUCAACAAGAACGGAUCAGGACAGACGUUAGGUACAGAGGUGAGAGACUCGCCUUAUCUUCACCCGAGCAGUGUGGAGAUGUACAGAGAAAGAGGAGGUGGAGGAGGAGGAGUGUCCAGCAGGGGGCGAAGUGGACGUGAAUCGCCCAGAUCAGCUGUCUCCUCCACACACCACAGGUUUCACAUGGCUGGAGACCACGGAGCUCUCACCUGUUCCCACCUGCAGAGCUACGACCCCGACCGGGCACUCACUGACUACAUCUCCAGACUGGAGGCGCUGCAGAGGAGGCUGGGUAGUGUGACAUCAGGUGCUUCUUCAUAUGCUCAAUUGCACUUUGGCUUGAGAAGAUAGAUGCCGUCGAGUUGAAUUUGGCUUGAAGAAACUCAGUUGCCUUUUCUCGUGCUGAGCGCUCUGCUGUUUUCUAUCAGUCUGGUGUGGACUGUAUCUUUCCAUGUGGACCAAAACACAUUUUUUUAUUAGUGUACGACAUGUUGUAUUCAGGCUUUUUGUCGCCGGCACUUGAAAAACAGCUAUGUUUGUAAUUUAAUCUGCCUCUUUGUUGUGAACGAACUACAAUCAUGUAUAUUUGUCUAAUGCUAAUUUAAGACCUCGUGAUUAAUUUAUAUGUUUGUGUUGUAUGGGUGGAGCGUUAUGUAGAGAAUGUUUGGGUUUAUUGUUGAGGAGGCGGCUGCUACUGGAUAUUCUACACUACACUGUGUUUUGUUUAGGCCAGACAGACUACAGAGGACAUUUGUAGAGAGCGUAUUUUUGUAAAGUGUAGGAGCUUUGAAUUUUCUGGGUAUUUUGUCAAAAACUGAAAUAAAGAGGACUACAUUAUUUGAAAGAGUUAUGUAUUUUUCAUUUCUUGUUAAACCACUGACUAAAAAAUGGAAAUUUUGGGGGGCAAAGCUAUUGAGGGAAAAAAAAUUCAACAUCUCUCUUUUCAAGAUAAGUGAUCUUUACACACAGGCUUUACAGGCACAUGAUGGACGUUGCUGUACUGAAACAGUUUUUCAAUAAACUUGGCUUAAGUUUG